CGUGGGCAAUUAUUCAACUCGAGGUGUCUUCCAUAGACGUCCACCCGUCCAAUCCCUGCAACAGCGGAGCGCCAACGGAGGAUUUAAUGCAAAUCAGCGGGCCUGUCGAGUCCGUUAGUACGUGUGCGUGCACAACCCCUUCGCAUGGAAAGCCGCGCGUUUUGCAUACUUGCCCGCGCAAUGAAAGUGAAGUAUUUGAUCAACUUGAAUCACUCACUGCUUUUCCUUCUGGAGGAUGACAUCAUGAUGUAGGAAGAGGAGGAGGAGGAGGAGGUGGUGCCGGGUAACGCCAUUUUCACGCAGCGCACCGUCAGCGGACCAGAGAGCUGUCAACUUAGCGGGCUGCCGGUUAACUUUUUAGCGCCGUGCCGCCCCGACAGGCUUGGUUUUGUUGACAUGUCCCCACCGUGGGACUAGGAGACGACACGGUUUCCGCGUACGCCUCCGUUUAGGACAAGCGUCUUACCCGCUGGGCGCAAAAGCUAUGUAGCUUAGCUGGUCACCGUUAACGCUCCCCCCGCGUCUGAUGCAGUGGAAGCCAGCGUCGAUCAGCCCAGACCGACCGAGCGAGCGACCGAGCGAGUUGUGACACAGGAGUCUCUUCGUUUAUUACCUCCAUCUUGGCGUUAACUAACUUUUUUUUUUGCGGUUUCCCCCGAACAAUCGCCGGUUUAGGGAACGGCUGUGAACACUCGGAAGACAAGUCACGUUUGUCGGUUUAGGACAAGAAGCGAAAACGUUGGAAGUCUACAUCGGCAACGGAUGUCCCGGAGAACGGAUGCGUGAGGACAUGUCCACCAUGGUGUGUGUGAAGGAUGAGGAGGAUCCGGGGGAGAAGCUGUCCCAAGACGAGAUCAUCUCCCGGACCAAGCAGGUGAUCCAGGGGCUGGAGGCGCUGAAGCAGGAGCACCACUCCAUCCUGGAUGGCUUGCUGGGCACGCUGCGCUGCCUGAAGCAGGAGGAGGAGGGGGUGCUGGUGGAGGAAAAGUCCCACAUGAUCCGCAAGUCCCUGGAGAUGCUAGAGUUGGGGCUGAGUGAAGCACAGGUGAUGAUGGCAUUGUCGGGCCACCUGAGCUCGGUGGAGUCAGAGAAGCAGAAACUGCGGGCCCAGGUGAGGCGGCUGUGUCAGGAAAACCAGUGGCUGCGGGAUGAGCUGGCGGGCACCCAGCAGAAGCUGCAGAAGAGCGAGCAGAGCGUGGCUCAGCUUGAGGAGGAGAAAAAGCACUUGGAGUUCAUGAACCAGCUCAAGAAGUACGAUGAGGACCUCUCUCCCUCAGAGGAAAAGGACUCUGACUCCAGCAAAGAGACUUUGGACGAUCUCUUCCCAGAUGACCAGGAUGAUCAAGCCCCAGGCAUUCAGCAGCCUCACAGCAGCGCGGCGGCGGCAGCUGCCCAGCAAGGCGGCUAUGAGAUCCCAGCCCGCUUGAGGACCCUCCACAACCUCGUGAUCCAGUAUGCCUCCCAGGGCAGGUAUGAGGUGGCGGUGCCGCUCUGCAAGCAGGCCCUGGAGGACCUGGAGAAGACCUCUGGUCAUGACCAUCCAGAUGUGGCUACAAUGCUAAAUAUCCUAGCCCUGGUCUACAGGGACCAAAACAAGUACAAAGAGGCAGCCAACCUGUUGAAUGACGCUCUGGCCAUCAGGGAGAAGACUCUGGGCAGGGACCAUCCAGCUGUGGCUGCAACCCUCAACAACCUGGCCGUACUGUAUGGGAAAAGGGGGAAGUACAAAGAGGCUGAGCCACUGUGUAAGAGAGCACUGGAGAUCCGAGAGAAGGUGCUGGGGAAGGACCACCCAGAUGUGGCCAAGCAGCUGAACAACCUGGCCUUGCUGUGUCAGAACCAGGGCAAGUAUGAUGAGGUGGAGUACUACUACAUGAGAGCCCUAGAGAUCUACCAGACUAAACUGGGCCCCGACGACCCCAACGUGGCCAAGACCAAAAACAACCUGGCAUCCUGCUACUUGAAGCAGUUGAAGUUCAAGCAAGCUGAGACUUUGUAUAAAGAGAUCCUUACCCGCGCCCAUGAGAGGGAGUUUGGCUCUGUCGACGAUGAGAACAAACCGAUAUGGAUGCAUGCAGAGGAGAGAGAGGAGCAGAGCAAGGGAAAGCAGAAGGACGGCUCACAGUUUGGAGAAUACGGAGGCUGGUACAAAGCCUGUAAAGUAGACAGCCCCACAGUGACCACCACCCUGAAGAACCUCGGCGCCCUCUACAGGCGGCAGGGCAAAUUUGAGGCAGCCGAGACACUGGAGGAAGCUGCCAUGCGUUCCAGAAAACAGGGUCUGGACACGGUGCACAAGCAGCGAGUGGCGGAGGUCUUGAGUGAGCCAGAGGUGCGGGAGAAGCAGCGGAGCCGUGAAAGCCUGACCUCUGACACGGUGAAGUACGAGAGCGGGCCGGACGGUGGCGAGGAAGUGAGUAUGAGCGUGGAGUGGAAUGGGGAUGGCUCGGGCUCGCUGAAGAGGAGCGGAUCCUUCAGUAAACUGCGAGCGUCUAUUCGCCGCAGCAGCGAGAAGCUGGUCCGCAAGCUGAAAGGAGGCUCCUCACGAGACAGUGAGCCCAAAAACCCCGGCAUGAAGCGCGCCAGCUCACUGGGGGUUCUUAACGUGGCGGACAAGGCUGCAGGUGACCACUACCAAGAACGAAAUAAUUGUCUGAGGAAAAGUCGAGACCUGAGUGCCAGCCACACUGACCUGGCGCGUUGAAGGUUUUCCCUGAGAGGAGCUGACAGGCAGACCCUGGAAGGGUUGUAGAGGUGAUGAACAACUGUUGAGGAGAUCGUCCAUCAAAUCUUCACAGGCACUUCUAGUUUCUCUGGUUCUUCACCGUGUACAUAGCUAUUUGUGAAAGCUUGACAGUCCCAUUAUAAAUAAAUGCCUUACCAGCUCGGUCACAUCUUCAGCAUCACACUACCUACCAGCCGGUCACCGCAGAGCCGGCAGUGUAGGAUUCUAACUUCUCGUUGCACUUUUAAAGACGUGUUUUUGUGCUAGUGUGCUCUAGGGUGUGUUAUCGUGGUGUUGUAUGAGAGAGUAUAGUAAUACUAUAUUUUUCAGACUUGAGUGUAGUUGUGUUUAAUUGUAUAUGUGUGUGUGUGUGUGUGUGUGUGGGUGUGUGCGUGCUUUUUUUGUCGCCUGAGAGAUUGCCGUCAUGAAUUAGCGUGAUUAGUCCCUUCUUCUGUAAUAUAACUUGAAUGGAGUAACUGAGUUCCAGUUGACCUUCUCCCUCUGUCAUUUGAAGAGAUAGCUUUCGAUGUAUUAAGCUCUAUGUUUACAUUUUGGGAGUUUGUACAUUUGUUUCUUUUUUCCCCACCCUUGAGUUUUGUUUUUUCUUUCCUUGAGCUGCUCCAAAGGGCAUCUUUUAUCUAACGAAAGCCUUUAGAAGAGACCUUGAGAAUACAAGGCCCGUCUUAAGCGAUACCGAGUCUCAGCCUACUCUAGAAUGACGUAGUGAGGCAGAAACACUGACACAUGAAGGCCAUCCGGAACUUUCUCAGGUUUGACACAAUAUUCAGCCAGCAAUCUUCCUUGCUUUUCUUUUGUUUUUGACACCGAUUGCUACGAUACUUAAACACCAAUGUUUUAGAACCAAAUGCUGUUGUGAAUAAUGGUUGGAGAGAUGUUACCGCCCUGUUUACCGGUUCGGCUCCUACCAGGUUGUCGUCAUGUGCCGAAUGACCAGACUAUGCUUUACCAGUUGAGUAAUGUCAAGUUUUUAAUCAUCGGCAGGCCUAAAUUCAGAGUUAUCCAAAUGAAAGAAAGAUUAUUGUUAUUGUAAAUGAGUAUUUACAGAAAACGUUCAAGGUAGAAUUUAGUGAUGGUCUUAUUAUAGCCCUGCGCUCCUGUCUGGUAAUAACUUACACAUUGCCCCAAUGCACACUUAACUCUGACUUAUUUUCACUAUACCGUGGCCUUUUAAUAUGGUUACUAUCCUACUGUUUCCCUUCUUUUAUCAGAAAUAAUUCAUAAUAUAUAUGGUCAUGAACCAACUGAUGAUUUUUGGAGGGGUGAAUAAGCAGUCCCUAAAAAAAACUGACCCUUGCAUAAAUUUAAUUUUAGGCUAUUAUUAUUUACAACACAGCUAGUAGUGCAUUACAUUAGACUAUUAAGAGCCACUUGAAUAUUGAAAAUAAAGCCAGCCAAGACUGCCAUCAGAGCACUUGAGCAAAGCACGCCGUUUUGUAAACGAAGUUAGCCUUAACGCGUUGAGCUUUAUUAUUAGUAUGCUGUUGUGUGCAGGGCUGUUGCAGCAAAUCAGCCAGUGUUGGUUGAGCCCAGUCCACAGUCCAAUAUGCAUACUAAAACUAGAAUUCAUACCUUCGUUGUUGAAUAACGCAGUGUUUCCUCAUUCCCAAGAAUAGGCCUAAAAGUAGCACACUGUGCUUAUUGGCCCUGGAUCUUCAUCAGGUACCACCCACAAAACCAUCUCUUCAAAAUUACAAACGUAUGCUGCGUUUAGGCCUUGGGUAGACCAGUCACCGUAGAUGCCUGGUUGUAGAACAUGAUGAGAGGAAGGAAUUUCAAUUUAUGCAAUAUUGUUAAAUGCACCUAUUAUCAAAGUAUCAGUGAUUGUGCUUACAGUGCUCAGUGUAACUGAUCCAAGGAAACAAACAAACAAACAGGGACAAGCCAAUAUUACGUUAGUCUCCAAAGUUCCACAAAGCCAUGCGUCACAACUCAUAAACUUGGGUAUCAUCGACAUAGCCUGAGUUUACGACUUGUAUUUAUAACUUUAGUGACCAUUCGGGCACAGCCUCCUGGUGAUAAAUUCGGGAAAUAUACCACUUAAUAAAUGUUUGACUUAAUAAUUCGCAGCAGCACCAGGUUUUUCCUCCACUUGCUGCCAUUUUCUCUCCUUUGACUUGACAUCCGUGCUCAUCCUACACUACAUUCGCUGUGCCCUGUGCUUAUAUAGUAGCAUAUGCUUAAAUACCUUGGGACUGUGGUGACAUCUGAGAAGACUUGCCCACAGGCUGCAGGUCCAAAUUUGAUUGGUUGAUCAAUUUCAACCCAAAAUUACGCUGUCAUUAAUUAAAUAGCCAUGGUAUUCUGUUGAUAUCCUGAAGGUCCUGAUCCAGUCUAGAUACCCCUUCUCCCCAGAGGCACCAGAGAAACCUGUUCGGAUUGGUUCAAGUUCUUCUUCCACCACACAUCGUCAAAAAGUUAAUUGCGCAGAUGGCGUUACCUAGCCUUAACCUCUUGAAGACACAUAAACAAAUGUAUUACGUCAGCCUAUUCGUCUUCUGCUGUCUGAGGAUCUGUAUGGCCUUCAGUCAAGCUCUUGAAGGCCAGGAUGGUUCACCACUAAAAGAUCAUUAUCAAUCAAAUGGUGGAUAUGACACUCACACAUUAUACGAAUAAUAAAAAGAAACAUCUCGGUGAAGCAUAGUAUUGAUCAGCAGUUAUGCUCGUGAUUUUUACACAGCAACUAUCUUAAUGUCUGAAGCCUUUUUGUAUUGUAGUAGGAAAAAUUCCUGAUACAAAAUGAUCGGCUUUUUGGCCUACUAUAUCUGAAGUGGGAGCUUUGGACCAGGUAGGGAGCUAUAGUCCCUAAUUUGCAGGGUUUACCAAAAAUAAACUUUAGACAAAGUCUAACUCAUCAUUUGUUCUGUUUACUUGCAGUCCACUAAAAUAAACUGACCUGUGCCUAGCUGUGUGUUUGCUAGUACCCAGCAUGGGCCGUUGUUGGAACAUGCUUCAAUACUGAACAAGCAGUGAGGGAUUUGCACUGGAAAUAUUGGAUAGGCUGAAAUUAUUCUCAUACAGUUUAUUUUAUGUUGAUUUUUAUAUUCACCUACUCGGAAAGGAUUGUGACUUGUGCAGUACCCGCAUUUUCUUUCUAGAAGACAUAGUUGUACAGAUGAACAUAUUAUAUUUUUUUGACAAGGGAUUUGUGUUUUUAUUAUGCGCAGUGUGCAAUAUGCUCUUGUUUGGUGUUUCUUUUCAUUGGGAAAUUGUAAUACCCAUUAUUAGGAACUGUAAGUUUGAUAAGGCUGUUUCACCCAAUGUCCAUGUACAACCACUAUCCUGUGUAUGUGAGGGGUUUCAUUCCAAAAUGCAAUAGGUAUAUUUUAGAGGGUAAAAAUCUAACUUGAUGUUUGCUGCUUUUAAAAAAACGUCACAAAUUAUUGCAUCCUGAACAUAUAAAAAACUUAUAAGUAAAGUACUCAUGAGAGCAAUGUUCAAUAACAGACAUCAAAUUUCACUUUCAUGGCAGAAAACAUACAGGCUACUCUGGGCAAGCGUCACAUUUUUAGGUUGGCAGAUAUCAAAUUUUGGAAUUAAACUCUUUAUAUAUAUAUUGUUUUAGUGAUGACUUUGGAAAACUCUCUGCAUGUUAAAAUAGUCUAGGCACACUUUGUCUUUACGGUUCAAAGUUUAGUGUGUUGAAAUGUCCAAGCUGACUGUUGAUCAGUCUGUUUCCACAUGCUUAGUGUUUUUGUCCCUUUUGGUUUGCUGUAGAGGCUCUGCAGAGCAACGAGGCACAUAAAUCAAGGUAGUCUAUGAGUGGCUGUAAACCAGACAGCUUAAGUAGUUUGCUCUCCUAGCAGCUUUUUCCUGUCAGCAAGACGUUCCUUUGUGACCGAGGCGACAGUGUUGAGGCAGGAGCUUGUCCAAACUGUUGCCCUAUGGACACAUUUAGGCCUACACUGGACUGCACAGGAGAGGCAGACAAGCAUAGAAAUCCACAGAAAACACCAGCCAUAUACUGGUCAGGAAGGAAAUAAUAAAACCUUUCUGGAGAUCCACUAUAACGUCCUGUUUUUUAUUAUUAUUAUUCUUAAUAACAGAUGCAUUGUAUGAGCUGCAAUUAUAAAUAAAAGUGAAUGUAAAUGAAGCAGAGACAGUAAAUAUUUUUUAGUAUACUGUUCCCUGAACAUAAAGGGCUGGAGAGGUACAGAAUAAUUUAUUCCCUGUUAAAUCAUUGCAGGCAAUAGUUGUCUUCCGUCCAAUUUGUGCCGUUUUGCAUUUUGCAAAUGUGCAAUUUCCCCCUCCCUGUCUGUGGACGGUGUUGGUGUAUGUAUGAAGACCGACCGGUAAAAAAAAAAAAGAAGUUUUCUCAGGCAGUGAUUUGAUAAGGCGUUGGGGUUGUGAAGGAGUGGCAUCUCCUGUUUUAACACAAGAUGUUUGUUCUCUCCCAUUUGUUCCAUAGGCUUUAGGGGGGGGGGUACAUUAAAACAACUCCUAACCUCCUUGUCGGGUAGUGUUGUGGAGGGCAUAAGCAGGGGUGCUGCCAGAAGUUCUCAGCACCCAGACGAAGCAUGAGUUUACCCCGAGCCGUUGUCUUAUUCCUCUGGGGCCAUCUCAUGAGGAAAUGUGGUAUCAAGGGUCUAGAGGAAGCAGUAGAUUAUACUACUGUACCCCCCCCCCCUCCACACACACACACACGCUUCUUUGUUUUUUCCUGUGCUGACAGCAUCCCUGCACGGUGACCCUUUUGUAUUAGAGCACAUUUUUUGUUUUUGUAGUAUAUUUGGAAAGUAAUGCUGCGGUGGAGCAUAUAUUAAAGUAGGAGUACUUUUCAAACAGUCCAUGGAUCAGAAUUAUAGAGAACAGAAACUUCUGAAAACUGUGAUGAAAAUGGAGAGAACGGGCACUGAUUUGCUCUCCGUUUGAAACGGCGUGUUUUUCAUUAUGUGUAGCUGCAGACCUGCAAAUGUCCCUAGUAAAUAUUGGAUGAGGGCCGGGUGGAUAGAUGGACCUGCUGGCAGCAGCAGAACAGGCGCAGUCAGACUUUGUUACUGUCACAUUACACUGUAAGUUUGGGGGGGGGGGAGAAAGAUGACCAUAACUAUUGUGAUAUUACACUUUCUUCGCCUGAACUGUAGACGUUUGUCCAGAAAAAAAAACAUUGUAUGGUGUAAAAUGUAAUUGGAAGAAUAAAAUAAUAAAAUCCA